AUGUCCAUUUUUGGUGGCUCCCACUAUUCUUCUGAUGAUGCUUUGGUGAACUACAGGGUGAAGAAACUUGCUUAUGCCUGUAUUCAGGCUACACAUCAUAAUAGGUUUGCCUCAUGUGUUAUUUCUCGUCUUUUACAAGGUGGUACAUCUACUCGCUCUCAGUCUCUCAUCUGUGCAAAAGACGUGAAUGCCCUCCUCAUGCUCAACACCCAAAAUAGCCCUAGAAGACAUCAGUUAAAGGAUCAAUUGUUAUCAACAUAUUUGGACUCAAAUACACCAAAAAGUAUCUUGUUGAAAGCAGCUGCACUGUUGAUUGAUCCCAAGCUUCCUUGGUCUUGUAAGAUAGCCAGUUAUCUUUUGCAACAAAACAUAUAUAAGAUUUUCCGGGAGAUUGUUAUUACAGGAAGGGAAAGUUUAAACUCUGAAAGCCGAAUUGGAAGUGUAUCUUUAAUGGAGCGUGUUCUUGCCCUAGUUGUUACUCAUACUGGUCAAGGGCAUUGUGUUUGUCCAGAUAUUGACCUUCAAUGGAGUUUUGCCUCCCAAAUUCUAACAAUUCCUUUUCUAUGGCAGAUUUUUCCUCACCUAAAGGAGACUUAUGUUUCACAGGGGCUAUGUCAGUAUUAUCUUCAUAAAAUGGCAACAUGUAGUCAAAAUUAUGAAAAAAUAUUACCUGUUGACAUAUCAGCUGAGCUCCCUGGUUAUGCAUGUCUUCUUGGAAAUUUACUGGAAUCAGUUGGAGUUGCUUUGAUUCGCCCUUCAUACAUAGAUAUAGAUAUAGACGGCCUUGCAGAUAAUGAGCUUUUUGUGUAUGAGAAUCUUGAAUUUCUAUACUUCAUCAAAAUACCUGCAAAUGAUACAGAAAGAAAAGCUUAUUUGCAUUCUCUUGCAUCACCUCACGUGCUAAUCAAGAACAAAGUUAGGAAUGAAGAAAAAGAUUCAUCAUAG